AAAUCCCCUCAUCAUAAAAUAAUUUGGAGAUUGAGUGUGGGUCUCACACUGGCUGAAGCUGUAUGUCUUGGUGUACAACAGACGUCUGUGUGGACACUUAAACCUUUACAACUUAUGGAAAAAUAGUAGACUACUUUAUGUGCGGCGGUUGUAUUUUUAUUUAUUUAUUUAUUUAUUUUUAACGGAAGAGCGGAUUUUGCAGUAUGGAUGAGAUGAAGAGGGAGAACGAGGCGCUGAGGGCGAAGUUACGCAGCUGCUCUACACUCAACACAUUUUAUCACGAAACACAACAAGAAAUUACUAAUUUAAAUCAACUGGUUUCCACCAAAGACGGAAUUAUUGCUGAUUUGAGGGCAAGACUGGGAAAAUAUGAGAAAACUGUGGUUAUAGAAGGAGAAGAACCGUAUAUUGUUGGACCGUCACAAUCUCUUAUUGAGAGUUUGUGUAAGGAAAUUUGCAAAUUAAAACAAAACCUCAAGGAUUCAGAGGCGGACGCCGCCCAAAGACAGGAAACCAGUAAAACAGAGAUCCAGAGAUUACAAGAAAAGCUGAAGGAGAAGUAUCAAGAGCUAGAGAUGAUAAGGCAGAGGCCCGAGCAGGAGAAGGAGAGGGAGAUCCAGCGUCUGCGCUCCUCCCUGGCCGAAAGGGACCGGGCACAGGCCACCAGGGCCGUCCUCUGCAACUCUCUUGCUGAAGAAGCCGAACAGUUGAGGGCGCAGCUGGGGGCCACAGUGCAGGUGUGCCAGAAGCUUUUGGGGAGGUUGGAGAAAGAGAAAAGCAAGGCCGCCAUGACGGAUCAGAGAGCUCAGGUUCAUGAGACAACAGAUUCCUCAGAGGUUUCCCAUCUAAAUGUCAUUAUCAGCAAGUUACAAGAGGAGAAUGACCAGCUUAAUAAGAGAGUUGCAUAUGUGGAAAGUUUAAACUCAAAGUGGCAGAAGUAUGACUCCAGUAGAGAGGAGUACGUGAGGGGUUUGUGUCAGAAGUUGAAAGAAUCAAACGGCCUGGCAUCUGCUGGUCCCACCAUGACCCAAACUCCAACAGCGGGCAGUGCGGCUCUGAUCCAGCAGGAGAUAGCACGACUAAACGGCCUCUUGGAGGAGAAGAUGAUUGAAUCUGAGAGACUCAGCAGAGAGAGGGACGACAAUUCAAGACGAGACCAGGAGCGUAUUCAGAUGCUUGAGCAACAGGUGUUGGCCUAUAUUGAGGACUUCAAAUCGGAGAGAGCAGACAGAGAGAGGGCGCAAGGAAAAAUUCUGGACCUUCAAAACGAAGUUGGGCGACUCCAGCAGCAAAUACGCACACAGAGCAUCCAUGAAGCCUCAUCCUCACGACGACUCCACAUGGGCCUGAAAAAAGCUUCCCACCGACAGACGAACACUGCCGAACCACUAAGGAACAGUCCCCCAGAAACAAGCUCAAAGAGAACUAUCAGUAACUCUGCACAGCAGGGAGACGCUGAACUGCAGUGCCCCCGUUGUCUUACCACGUACGAUGACGAGCACGCAGCCGAAUAUCUAAACCACUGGGACGAGUGUGCCAAGCUGUGAGUCUCUCACACCUCACUGACUUUUCACAGGACACAACAAGCACUGAGGACUGAAUCACUACAAGCUCACUGACUAUGGAGUGUGUGACAGAAAGGGUGUUUAUGAAGACAAAGGCACGUUGAAACAUGAUGGAGUCUGAGGAAAAGCUUUGUUUCUUUUUCAUUGGAUUUGUGGUUUCUUUUAGGCCUGGCUUUGCAGUUGUCGACUUGGUUGAUGUUAAGGUCGGUUGGGGCACAGGGCUCAAGAUAAUGACUUGGGGUCAGUCAUUCUUAGUUCAAGGGCGUACUCACAUGGCUGUCACUGAAUGCAAAUGGUUUGGUUGUGAAUAGUGAAAAAUGCUAAAGUAUUCAAUCUCAGACCACUCACAUCACAAUGGCAAGCAUGUGUGGUUAAUAGGUUGGUGAGUUUUGCCAUUUGUUUGGUGUCAUGGUUUCAAGCAUGGCACAAUUUGUCUAAGAGUUUUGUUUGUGUUAAAUCAGAUUUUUUGCAUAAUACUGUAUGGCAGAUCUGUGCAAGGGUGUAGAUUUGGCUUGAACAUGGGGGUCUAGUUCCCCCCCCCAUCCCCCAUGGAAUCUACGCCCUUGGAUAUGUGUAAAAUCCAAAUGGAUCCUAAAAUUGGUAUCAUAUACCUCAUUGAUAUGUAUUCUGUUUAUCAACUGGUUUGCACUUUUUGCUGUAUUAAUUAUUGCCAAAUACAGAUGAUAAAAGCACAUACAGUACCUAUUAUAUUUAAUACAUAAGCUUUUUUAUUAAUAUACUUUAAAUUAUCAUUCAUACAGUUUAUUGUCAUGGUGCUAAUUGUAAAGUGUAAUGUAAUGUUUCUUACUAUUUUUUUUUUCUGUUAUUUGUAGGUAGGCUAUAUUGUUAUUAUUUGACUUGGGCUUAAAUUGAAAUCAAAUAAUUGAAAUUUUACCAGGAAAUACAAAGCAGCACAGCAUGUAAUAUUAAUAAUCAGUUGAUAUCUGAUCUCUUAAGAUUUAUGACAAUUUCAUUUCAUGAUUAUAAACAUGUUAUUAUAAAUGAUACAUGGUUCAACAUGUCAUUACUUUCUUAGACUUCAAGGCACCCUUUGACUGUAAGGCAGCUGAAAACAUUCUAGUUUUAAGUAAUAGAGGAAGUUCCCUACAUCCUGGUAAACUGAGAUGUGAAAUCUUCGCUGUCUGACAAAAUGCCGUCAAUUGCAUUGCAUUUGAACAGUUUUAAAGGGUUUAAAGCCACUGAAAAUGACAAAAUCAAACCAAGACAUUGAAAUGUGAUAAGUACAACAGGGUUUAUUUUUGUAAUAAAAUCAUUUUGUAUAUGUACAAGUGCACACACCAGGCGUAUUUAUUUGUAGGAGAUGAGGAAACCAGACACUGAAAUAGCUGUGAUAAUGCUGGUAAGAUCAUGAGGCAUAGUGUGUCAUAAAGCAUUCAAACUCAAGUCCCAUGGGAUUUGAAAGAGUGUGCAAGUGGUGGAAAGCCCCUUCCCAAACAGAACUGAAUGGACAGGCUUUAUAACUGCAGCAAAUUCUCAGCUGUCCUGAGGCCUGGAAGUGAAUAGCACACAGAGAAGCAGGCGACUGUAUAGUAGAGGGAUAUUUCAGUGCUGACUAUUUAAAGGGGAGGAGGCUAUGGGACAAAACAAGGCUGUGUCUCUGUGUGUAACUGAAACAAGUAUGUGCAAAUGUAUGAACUUCUGUGUGCUAUUAAAGUUAAUACCUUUUAACAAUUA